AUGGUGAAGGGUUUAAUGCAGCUUGACUGGUCGUGUACACUCUGCAAUCGUCCAGAUCCAGAGGAGCCAGCAGAUGAAUCCUUCAACAUCUCAACGCCAUUCCAGGUUACCGAAGCGACACAUGAGGAAUCCUUGCCACUUGAGACUUCAACUCUUGAUGAUGUGGAAUCGGAAGAUCUGCCAACAUCUUACCAGGAGGUCAGCCAAGGUUCCAAGCGUGGAAAUCGAAAGCUAGUUUAUAGCAAUGGCUCUAGCUACACUGUCUUGAAGUUAAGGUGUACCGACACUAGGGUGUUUUGGAGAUGCAUUAAGAGAGGCAAGGCGCUGAAUUGUCCUGCUACGACCAUACAGACAGGGAACACUGAGGGGAAGAAACAGCAUCUUCAUCCUGGACAACCGGGUAUAUUGACCACAGUCAAAAUCCGUGCAGAGGCGCUUUCCCAGGCCAAGGAGAACGUGUUCACUGUAUCCGCGCCCAGGAUUGCUUCCGACAUCGUCCAGGACCUUGCCGACACAGCUCAGCCGGAACACAGUCGACCCAAAGUGCCAACAUAGUAAGGUCCAUCAACAGAAUGCGUCGGUCCAUGCGACCAAAGGAUCCAGAC